AUGGCAUUAUGGAGGUGGCCCUCCUCAUCUGAGAAGGAAGAAAAGCGACCAAAGUUCGUCGAGUUAAGGUCAUCAAAAUGGUUUAUCAUGUUCGUCGUCGCGUUUGCUACGGGGACGGACAUCUUCAUGUACGGCCUUAUCGUACCGGUCACACCAACUGCAUUGAAAGAUAGAGUCGGCAUCUCAGAGGGGGAUGUUCAAAGCUGGACAUCGAUUCUUCUCGCUCUGUACUCCGCUGCUUUAUUAGCCUUUGCGCCCGUUGUCGGGUACGUCGCUGAUCGAGCCGAAUCCCGCCGAUGGCCUUUGCUAGUUGGUCUCGUUGCGCUGGCCGCUGCGACAGCCUUACUAUGUGUCGGCACUCAUAUCGGGUUGUGGAUUGUUGGUCGCUUGUUUCAAGGUGCAGCCGCUGCGGUGGUGUGGACAGCCGGCUUGGCACUGAUGGUAGACACUGUCGGGAAAGACGACCUCGGCCAAGCGAUUGGCUAUGUCUCCAUGGCUAUCAGUAUUGGAACGCUGGCUGGACCUCUUCUUGGUGGAGUUGUCUAUGAGAAUGGUGGAUAUUAUGCCGUUUUUGGCCUUGCUUUCGCUUUCAUCGCCAUCGAUAUCAUCUUACGAUUGGUGCUGAUCGAGAGAAGACAUGCUAUCAAAUGGCUUGCGCCGGAGAUGACACCGCUCUCUAUACAUGGAGAUCAAUCGACGGAAAAAAAGUCCGGGGAAAUACACCGUCCCAUGUCGCCGACCAAUGGCUCUGAACACGGGCCCCGUGAAUCCCAACCGCCUUCUCCACCCUCACGGAGUGCGUUCGGGCGUGUCGCCAUUUUGUUGACCUCGCCCCGUCUCGUCGUGUCCGUCUGGGGAUACUUCAUCCUGUCAAUAGUUCUAACCUCAUUUGACAGUGUCCUUCCACUCUUCGUGCAAGAGACAUUCCGGUGGCAGCAGAGUGGCCAGGGUUUGAUCUUCAUUCCGCUCAUGGUGCCACACCUUCUAGACCCACUGACGGGAUAUGUUAUCGACAAUUAUCCCAAAUCAUGUCGCUACAUCACCGCAGCGGCAUUCCUCGCUUCCGUUCCUGUAAUGGUGCUUCUACGUCUUGUCACGCAUAACUCGAUGCAACAGAAGAUUCUCCUAUGUGCCCUCCUCGCUUGUGUUGGAGUGUGCAUUGCUGUGGCUAUGCCACCUCUCAUUGUGGAGGUCUUCUUCGCUGUGAAGGAAAAGGAAGAUAAAACUCCUGAUAUCUUCGGUCGUGGUGGUGCUAUGGCUCUAGCUUUUGGGCUGUCGAAUAUGGGAUUCGCAUCUGGGAGUUUGAUUGGGCCAUUCUUUGCGGGAUUUAUUCGUCAGGAGGCUGGCUGGGGGGCGAUGGGAUGGGCAUUAGGAUUGAUAACUGGCAUAUCAUCUAUCCCAAUCCUGCUGUUCGUUGGUGGCUGGAUCUUGAGAAAGCCAGUCAAGUCAGAAAAUGAAGGCCAAGUGACAGAUAGCACUGGUCUAUGA